AUGAUCUAUAAUUUGAUGCUAAACAAAAAAUAUGGUAUUGUGCUAACGGUUGGCCUUAUAUGGGUCCUUGUAGGAGUUUUCUUCCUUCACAAUCGUGGCAAAAAUGCUUCUUCCGGGAUUUGGGAAGAGACUAUAGAUAUUAACGGUGUUCUGGGGCCGAAAUUUGAUGUUACAAAGAGAAUUGCAUACAUAUCGGGUCAUAUUGGAACCACAACUGAUUUUAAAUAUAUGGCUCAACAUUUACUGUUGGAAAAUGUGGACUACUAUGAUUCUAGAGAUUUUUUUGAUUACCUUUCUUCUCGGGAUGGAUAUAGAUCGAUUGUGAUUGAUGGUACUGUCGAGGAGAUUUGCUCAACUCAUGAUGCGAUAUUUAUCUCGGAUAGUCUUGCUGACGGUUGGCCGUUCAUUAUGGAUGGGAAACAGCCUUGUAAGAAUGUGGUCUUUGUCACGACGAAUAGAUUCGAUUGCGGCGUGCACGAGGGUGACAGAGAAGUUUUCUAUCAGGAUUUCAAUUAUUCACUGAACAGAAAUGAUGAGUAUCGUGCCAGGGUUAUAGCUAAUAACCGAUUUGAAGUUCCCUACAUGAGGAGUAAAGGCAUUGAUGUUCCGGACUAUCAUCCGGUAAUCAGGCCGUUUGGGUAUACUUCGGUUCAGGCUAUUGAAAUCGAUCCUAAUGAUGUCAACGCCGCUUGCCUAAUCAUCGGUCGUGUUCCUCAGGAUGAGAUAUUGAUGAAUAAUCUUGUAGAUCAGCAUACCACGCAUAAGUGUAAAGUGGUGCCUUAUCACUAUGGUGGACCAAAGACUUUGGAAAAAUAUGAGUCUGUCGUCGUACAUUUGCCCUACCAGGUCUCCAUUAUGAAGAUGUGGGAAAACUUGGCCUAUGGGGUUUUGAUGUUAGUUCCCUCGCCGGAGUUUUUCACUCAAAUAUGUACCGAAAAUGUCUGCCAGCAGGAUCAUGACGCCAUGGAGCCUAAAAGGGUCAUUGGAGAGGAGCAUUGGUCUGAAUAUUUGGAUUUCUACCUACCAGGGUGGGGGGAAUGUUUUAUCCAAUAUAACAGUUGGGAAGAAUUGGAUAAUAUUCUGACUAGUAAGGAUUACCUUAAGAAUGUCAACACUUGCAGAAACAAGAUGGAAGAUCUGAGAGAGCUAAAUCUGCAAUUGUGGAAAAAACUACUCACGGUGCUUCACUAA